AUGAAUGAUGAUGAUAAUGAUGAGAUUGAUGCUAUGGAAGAUGAGGACUAUGACAACAGUCGUGACAGCAUUAAUCAUGGUGAUAAUGAUGAAGAUAAGGAUCAUGAAAGUGAUUAUGUAUUAAGAACAGGGGCGAGUGAAGUGGACAAGGAUCUGGAAUAUUUUCCGACGUUAGAUACGCAAGCACAUACAGAGACAGACAUGGAUAUGGAAUAUAACAGGCCAGAGUUAGACACUUCAGUCAUAAAAACCAGGCUACAGGUGGCUUACAACUACAUUCAGGAAGGUGCUGAUGUGGGAGAUGUUGGUGGUGAUGUUGGUGGUGAUGUGCGUGUGAGAUUGAGCGAUGCUGGUGGUGAUGUUGGUGGUGACGUGCGUGGGAGAUUGAGUAAUGUUGAUGGUUAUGUUGGUGGUGAUGUGCGUGGGAGAUUGAGUGAUGCUGGUGGUGAUGUUGUUGGUGAUGCUGGUGGUGAUACACGAGGGCGCCUUCGUCAGGACACGCCCAUACCCCCGCCCGCCCAUGAACAGCUUUCAAGUGGAAGAUAUGAACAAGAAAUGACUAUACAGGGAAAUCUAAUACAGUAUGUUCGUAUCUGUGUUCAUGGCUAUUUACGUGCAUAUUAA